AUGAGGGUGUUUAACCGGGGUGUGAUGAUGCUUCUGACCACAGCAGGGGCUUUCUGUGCCUUCAGCCUCAUGACCAUCGCCGUGGGAACGGACUAUUGGCUGUACUCCCGAGGUGUGUGCCGCUCCAAGACCCUGAGCGACAAUGAGACGGUCCGCAAGAACGAAGAAGUCCUGACCCACUCUGGUUUGUGGAGGACCUGCUGCACGGAGGGGACAUUUCGGGGUGUUUGCAAGGACAUUGAUCACUUUCCUGACGAUGCAGACUACGAGCAGGACGCUGCUGAAUACUUACUGCGAGCGGUACGAGCCUCCAGCCUCUUCCCCAUCCUCAGUGUGGGGUUAUUAUUUCUUGGGGGUGUCUGCGUAGCUGCCAGCGAGUUCUACAAGUCACGCUAUAAUGUCAUUCUCACUGCGGGUAUACUCUUUGUCUCUGCAGGUCUCAGUAACAUCAUUGGCAUCAUUGUGUACAUAUCAGCCAACUCAGGUGACCCCAGCCAGAGCGACAACAAGAAGAGCUACUCCUACGGCUGGUCCUUUUAUUUCGGAGCUCUGUCCUUUGUGCUGGCUGAGAUGGUGGGCGUCCUGGCAGUGCAUGUGUUCAUAGAAAAACACAGACAGCUGCGCACCAAAGGCCGGCCUUCGCUCAUGAAGCCGCCCAUCUCUCGAAGCUCAUCGUAUUACCGCAACCGUUACUACCAGAACCGCAGCCGCCGGUACAGUUACAGGAGCAACCACAGCGCAGGGGACCCGCACUCCUUCCGAGCAUCACUCAGCCGUGACCGGGAGCCGUCCAUCUCCGCUGAAUCUAAAGUCACCACCAUGGCAGGUUUGCCAACACCAGUGUCAGUGGGCUCAGAGUUCAUGCUCUACGCUUUAACCUCACCUCUCAAAAACAGUAAGAUAGACAUGGCUGUGGAUCAUUUAACAGCUGCUCACAACAACACAGAGAUGCUGCCUGGGAACUGCGCUUCCAACAGGAGGACCACACCUGUCUAA